UCUUCUCAUUCUUAGUUUGAGACUAACCUCAUAGCAGAUUUGUUCGACGUGAGAAAAAGAAACAAGUGUUUGUUUCCCGGCCGGGAAAAAGAUCGAAGAAGAAGAAGAAAGUGAUGGUGGCAGUAACAAUGACAACGACUACGGCCAAUACGGAGGAGCCGAUUCUGUCGAGGCUGGACCGCCUGGACAUUAUGCUUCGGCAGCUAGAGGAAAUCAAUGGGUGCAAUCCCAUCCAUCAAUCCUCACACUCGGCCAAGAGCUCUUGCGAAUCCACGCCGUCCAGUGGAACCCUAACUAGUGAUUACGCACAGGUGUCGUCGACGUCGUCCGCCGACUACUUCUCUCCCAAGAGCCUGGAGAAGCACUGCCGUCCGAUUCAGAACGUGAUGAUGGAGACGGACGCCAAGGGGACGCUGAUCGAGAGGCUCGAUCAUGUAGAGGAUCGUGUUCUGAAGCUGUGUAUGCAGUUGGAGGAAGAACUGGAGGCCGCUGAGAGGAAGAGAGAGGAUAGAGAUCGGGUCAAGGUUGAGACAGAGGUGAAGGUCGUCGAGGAGAAGAGGACUCCUCACAAGAAGAAGGGGUUCAAGCAACUUGUAAAACAGUGUGUUACAGGGAAAACAAAUUAACCUUGAAGAUGAAACCAACUUCUUUUUUGUUUGUAAACUUUUGUUUUUCUGUUGUUUAGCUCUCCGAGCCACUUCUCUACUUUUGUGUCGAGAUUAGGGGCAUGGUUAUGUUACACAACUUGUGUAAACAAAAUGAGAACAGAAAAAAAAUGAACGCAAAGUUCAGUCUUCG